AAAAAAAAAAAAAAAAAUGCAUUACUGGGUUCGAGCUUCUUCCUCCGACUUCGGUGGAAAUCUUCUCCAUCCUCGCAGUGGUCACACUGCCGUGAAUAUCGGGAAAUCGAAGGUCGUCGUCUUCGGCGGCUUCUUUGACAAGAAGUUUCUCAGCGACAUCGUCGUCUAUGAUAUAGAGAAGAAAGAAUGGUUUCAGCCAGAGUGCACAGGCAGUGGCUCCGAUGGACAAGUAGGUCCAGGUCCACGUGCAUUUCACAUUGCCGUUGCAAUUGAUUGUCAUAUGUUCAUUUUUGGUGGGCGUUUAGGUAGCAAUAGGUUGGGAGAUUUUUGGGUCUUAGAUACUGAUAUAUGGCAAUGGUCAGAGUUGACCAGUUUCGGUGACUUGCCAUCACCACGGGACUUUGCAGCAGCUUCUGCUAUUGCUAAUAGGAAAAUUGUUAUGUAUGGUGGCUGGGAUGGGAAGAAGUGGCUGUCAGAUGUGUAUGUCUUGGACACAAUAUCACUUGAAUGGACGGAGCUGCCUGUUACUGGAUCAUUACCACCGCCUAGAUGUGGUCAUACAGCCACCAUGGUCGAGAAACGAUUACUGGUUUAUGGUGGCAGAGGAGGUGGAGGUCCAAUCAUGGGUGAUUUAUGGGCAUUGAAGGGUCUUAUUGAAGAAGAGAAUGAAACACCUGCAUGGACACAGCUUAAGCUUCCUGGACAAGCCCCUUCUCCUCGUUGUGGACACACAGUUACAUUUGGAGGGCAUAUUCUGCUGUUAUUUGGAGGACAUGGGACUGGUGGUUGGUUGAGUCGGUACGACAUUUAUUACAAUGACUGUAUUGUUUUAGACAGGGUGUCUGCACAGUGGAAGCGCUUACCUAUUGGAAACGAACCUCCUGCUGCUCGAGCAUACCAUUCUCUGACUUCCAUAGGUUCAUGUUAUCUGUUAUUUGGUGGCUUUGACGGGAAAACAACAUUUGGUGAUCUAUGGUGGUUGGUUCCUGAAGACGACCCUAUUGCAAAGAGAUGGACAACAUCACCAAAUGAUGUUUCUCAAGAUAUGGAUGCAGCAACUGGAAAUUAUGAUGUAUCAUCUAGAGUGAGGGAAAGCCAACAAGAACAAUCUGCUGUCUCAGAAUUACAGAAAAAGUUAGGGCUUUCAGUUUCACUUUCUGGUAAUAGAUCUCCAAUUGUGGAUGAAUUAGAAGAUAAAGAAUUUAUAGAACUAGCGUCCAGUUUGAUUGGAGAAAAAAUUUCUGGCAAUGUACAGCUUUCACAUAUUCAGAUACUACGUGACCACUGGAGAAACACCACACCAAGUUUGGUACGACUUAAAGAGCUAGGGCCCCUUCUUCGUGACUACCAGCGACUUAUUACUCGUCAUCACUUGCCAAACGGUGCAUCACAUAUGCAGUCCUCGGCGUUCAGUAUUCCUGGAAAAGAUGCUUAUCAUUUCUAUCAUGUUAGAAAUGCUCAUCAGUUGCGCAUGAAUGAUAUACCAAAGCUGCUGGCAGAGUACAAACAGCUACCGUCUGAUUAAAGGAGAGAGAGAGAGAGAGAGAGAGAGAGAGAGAGAGAGAGAUAGCAAGAGAGAGAGAGAUAGAUAGAUAGAUAGAUAGAUAGCAACUAAGUUGUCGCUUAAGCUUGCUUUAGUUUCUCACAAAGAACAUGCACAUUAUCAAUGCGUAGAUGGUUGAUCUCCAUUUCUAUUUA